UGGCUUCUUAACUGUUCAUAGGCUGUUGGGUUGAUGCUCUCAGCACGGACGCCACGAUGUUUCAGCUCAGGUUGUUUGUUCACCAGCGCCUGUACGCUGCAGCUGAAGAGAUCCUCGGGCAGAUGGAGAACACCAUCACGUUAGUUUUGCACGAGGCAGACGUUCGAGCUAAAGAGGAGGCGGAAAGUCUGCGACACCAGCUGAAAUCAGCUGAAGAACUUCCAAUGACUAACAGUGCCGUCCAACAUGGAGAUGAAUGUGACUCCCCGCUGCUGCAGGAGUGCGAGGGACCCACAAACACAGAAGAGUCUGACUUCACACCGAGCCCUGAGAAUCCAGGAACCCCAGAGCCCACUGCAGAUCUAAGCAGUAACAGUGGGAACUGCUGCCUGGUGGAGAGGCCUGAGGUGAAGAUGGAGCAGGAGGAGCAUAGGAAUGAGAGUUUUUUCUCUCCUCCAGGAACUGUGAAAAGCGAGGAAGAACAGUCGGACACGCAAAUACAUGAAACGCAGAUGCUUUCUUCAAACUUGUCUGCAGCUGUUAGUGAGGAGACGGAGAGAGGAGAACAGGCCAUAACGGUGAAACAGAAAGCAAAGAUGAUGCAAGGAAAACGCAUCAGUGACAGCAAGAAAACCCAAGCAGCUUUGUCUUAUAAGAACUGCUCGGUUAAAAGGAAAAAAGGUCGCAAGUUUUGCCAUUUGUGCGGGAAGCGUUUUCACUACACCGCCUCUUUAAUGAAGCACAUAAAAACCCACGAGAAGUGUACCAGUUGCAUUAUUUGUGGGAUGAAAUACAGGUGUCCAAAAGAACUUGUUUUUCAUUUGAAAAAGAAACACAGAGAUGCAUAUUUUUGUGAUGUUUGCGGUAAAACUUUUUUCAAAGUCCGCAGCCUCCAGACUCACGAAAGAAAACACACACUGACGAAAGAGUUUGUGUGUCAGGAAUGUGGCAAAACUUACCGGUAUAAACACUGUUUGAUUACGCACAUGAAGAGCCAUUCUGGGGAGUAACCAUACCCUUGCGAUAUUUGUGGUAUGCGCUUUAGUCAAAAUUCAUACAUGACCAGACACAAGACCACCCAUAUGGGAGAGAAGCCUUAGCCUUGCUAUAUGUGUUCUUUGCACCUAAUCUCAAGUUGCAUUUGCAAACACGUAUCCAAGCAGGGUGAUGAGUGAUCCCUUUUUUUCCCGUCUAGUUGAAAUUGGAUAGCUUUUAAUAUCAUCCACUUAACACGACUGUGCCCAAUGUGGUGUCAGAUAACUGCAAUUCAUAAUGUUUGGUUUGCUUUAAAGACCAUUGCAUCAUUUCUACAGCUAUAUGCUGCUGUUUGUUAACAUGAUUUUGCUGUUUUCUUUUGGGUUUUUUAAAAUAAGCCUAGUGGGCUUUGAUGCAAGAUUAGUUCAACUUUGACUGCAUGAGUACGAGUAUAGAACAACACAUCUGCAGCUCUUGUUGCCCUCUGUGAUGUUCCGGUGUUGUGAGACUAAUUUCCACGGUUGACACUAAGGUUUAACAUCCUACUGUAUAACAUUACAGUGGUCUGCUUGUCUCUGGCUGCAGCCGUGGCGUGCAUACAUUUAUAUGGUAAAUGGUGUUAAAUCUAAUAUUGGUAUGUGUAUUGUCUCAGAUCUGUGGCUAAUGUAGAUACUGUAUGUGGAUUUUUUCAACAUGUUAUUACUUCAUAAAACUUUCUGCAUUUUGAUGGAUUAGAGUCUGGGAGUCCUUUGAAUGAAGGGAAAGAAGCUUUUGAUUUUUUUUUUAAACGAUGUCUUUACGAUGCCACAAAAGUAGGAAGUUCCGUAGAUUUCAUAGGGGCUUAUUUGUUUCUUUGUGUCAAUUUCCAACAGUUUUCCUGUUAUUUUGAAUUCCAGUAAAAUUUCUGAGAAAAUCCCUAAAUCAGGAUAAAGAAACUUCAUUUGUUUUUUGUAUUUAUCAACUACAAUACUUGAUCUAAUCACAAUAUUUGAUGAUCUCAUAAUGAAAAGACCUUUGUAAAUAUAUAUUUUUUAAAGUGUUAUGAAGAAGACAACAAUCAGAGACUCAGAAUGUCAACACACAUGCAGUAACUUAAUUAAACUUCUGCCAUCAUGGCUUUAAAAAAUAGCAUUAAAAGUCAUUCAGGUUGUUGCAGUUUCUUUUUUGGUGUGUUGGGAACUAGAUCACCACCCUCCAAAUGAGAUUGUGAUUGGGUGUAUCCUAAUAAUAAAUAACUUUUCUUUACAUUUUUAUCUACUUUAGCAAAUUUAAUUUUGUGCUAUUUUGCAACUGGCAGCAUGCUGACAUGCUGAAGUGAGAUUGUGAUGUUCUUACAUUUAAAUGCUUGAAUGUUUACUUUGCAGGAUGAGAGAUCAAAAUAAAGAGGAGCAGUUAUGUGAGGCUGUGGAUAGCAUCAAGGAGAGCGCUCUCAGUGGUGCUUAAUGGACUAGUUUUGAGAGAAUUGCUGUUUAAAACUGGCCCCUGGGCUCAGAUUACACAUGAAAGAGAGGGUCAUUUUGAUAAUAGUUCUUUCAAAGCAGUUCUUGACUGCAACAAUGAGACUUAGCAAGAUCAAAAAAGUACGAACACUUUAUAAGAGUAGAGGAGCUACUAAAAGCACACGACAGCCUAAACCCAUUCACAGUGUUAACUGAGUGUUGUUUUUUGCCCUGGCUCAUGUUUCUUAUUAAGUGCACCUGCUUAAAACCCUGUUUGCCUUUAGAGCUGCUCAAAGUCUCUUAAAUCACCUCCCUUCAUCUUUCUGAUGCUCAUUUAGAAACUCAUGUUGCAGUUUGAACUGGAUUAAACACCCUGAUUAUUAAUUUUCAGUUGGAUGAAUGAAACACCUGCAAUCUCUCUGCAAUUACUUGGUCAUCUCCAGUGAAGGUGAAAGAUCAGAAGGGUUAUGACGAAAUAAACCUGACCUCUCAACUGGAGCCACUUCUGACAGUACACGGACUAUGCUGUCUUUGCACCUUUGUUAAAUGUAGUAUUUAGAUUACUUCUGAAUCACUGAAUGUUGUUUUUAUGUUACACCGUGAGCCCAAAAAAGCCACGUAGGUCUGUUCCCCUAUGACAGGGGUAGGGAACUCCAGGCCUCGAGACCGGGUGUCCGACAGGUUUUAGAAGGGUCCUUGAUCCAACACAGCUGGUUUAAAUGGCUUAAUUACCUCCUCAACAUGUCUUGAAGUUCUCCAAAGGCCUGGUAAUGAACUAAUCAUUUGAUUCAAGUGUGACAUCUAAAACCUGCAGGACACCUGCUCUCGAGGCCUGGAGUUCCCUACCCCUGUCCUAUGAGAUCACAGGAGGGGCCAUAGGGGUUUGGUGCUUAGUGGAUUGGGUGGCAGUCAGAGGCAGAGGUCUUGGCCCUCCAAUCUCUGGCCUCCAAAAUUGACUUGUGGUGCAUGGAAUGUCACCUCGCUGGUGGGGAAGGAGCCCAAGCCUGGUGUGUGAGGUUGGGAGUUAGCAACUAUUUAUAGUCUGGCUCAUCUCAAUGCAUAGCUCAGGCUCUGGAACCAGUGUUGAGAAGAGGGUUUAGACUCUGUUCCACUCUGGAAACAGGUCCUGACUAUCGAUGGUGCCAAUACACCAAAUGACAGUUCAGUUGUUGUUGUCUGUGUUUUUGCAUCUUAUCUCCCACCUGAGACGGACGGCAUGACGUUUUAGCCGAGGUCAUUUGUUCACCAGCAGCUGUACGCAGCAAAGGAGAUCCUCGGACAGCAGGAGAAAACAAUCAUAGAAGUUCUGCAUGAAGCAGAAGUUAAUCAACUCUAAUGAUGAGGGAGAAAGUCUGCGACACCAGAAAUCUGGUUCAGUUCUUUAGAUUGUUUUUCUAGGCGUAUCGAGUGGAAGCUUUAUAGGUAACUUUGUAACCAUGGAUAGUACUACACACAUGCACACACAGUCAAUGUACAUAGUACCAGAAAGCUACACCGCUGCUGUAACGAAGCAAAUAAAAACAUACAAGUAAAAUACUCACAAAGCAUUUUUGCGACGUUUGUGGUAAGACUUCUUGCAGUAUGCAUGGACUCCAGAUUCAUUAAAAAAACACACACACACAUUAGUGUGCCAAGAAUGUGGCAAAAUACUUCACCGCAGAGAUAAUCUCACUGUGCAUGUGAGGACCCAAUCUGGGGAGAAACCGUACCACUGUGGAGAGUGUGGCAGACUUUUUUCUGCAAGCAGUCGCCUGAAAAUACAAAUGAGGUACCAUUCAGGAAAACAAAUGGACCCUUGUGAUGUUUGCAGACCACACAUGUGGAAGAAAGGCCUCACACCUGCAAUUUUUGUAACUUUACAGUACUCUCUUUGCCUCUAGCUGUAAUUUUAAUUUGAACUAAGCAAAUAUAUUA